AUGACGGACUGGGAAAGCAUACCAAGAAUUGGUGAGAAGGCAGCGGAUAUAAAACUUUUUGGCACUGGGGUAAAACUCAUGGUUGCGAAGAAUGUCGGGAUGUUUACGGGGAACGCAUAUAGUCUUAUAAAUAGUGGUGACGUUAUGGUGUGGAUUGAUGGACGGGAGAUUAUUUCCAGAUGCAGGCACAUCGACUACCAGUGGGGUUCCAUACUGGGGGACCCCGAGUCAACAAUCACCAUUGAUCAGUAUCAAGAGGACAUUGACAGCACGCAG